AUGGCCUCAGUGAGUGCGGUGCUGGACAAGUUGAUCCGGUCUCUGUCCCUGUGGGAGUUCCCCUGUGGCCCCGGCCCCUGGAAGCAGAGCGGAGCAGACGGUCCUCCACUGGACCUGCUGGAGCCGGUUUCUCCCUGGCACCAGGAUCCCAGCUGGAGCCCCCAGGCGGUGGCUCUGAGGCGGAGGGCCGUGCUCUGUCCCACCGGCCUCAGCACAGGCUCCGUGCACAAGGCCCUCACUGCACUGGUCCUCAGGGACCAGGGCGUGUCGGUGCUGGAUCCUGGGCUGCUCAGACUGUCCCACCUGGAGGAGCUGGUGCUGAGUGUGAACCAGCUCCAGGAGGUCCCUGCACUCCUGCUGCCGCCCUCACUGCAGGUGUUAGAGCUGAGGAACAACCGUGUGUCCUCCUUGUGCCCUCUGACCUCUGCCCCCCCCCCUCGGCUGCUGCACCUGGGCCUGGCCUCCAACCCACUGGGCUCAGCUCUGGAUGUGUGCAGCCUGACCGGAGCCCACUGGCCCGCGCUGCUCUGUCUGGACCUCUCUCUCUGUGAGUUUGAGCAGCUGACAGACCUGUUGGUGGCGCUGUCCUCUCUGCCCCGACUGCGGAGCCUUCUGCUGGAGGGGAACCCGUGCUCCCUGGGGCCCGCCUACCCCGGCCUGGUCCUGGACGUCCUGCCGCGGCUCUCACACCUGGACUCUGAGCGGAUCACAGCAGAGCAGACGGAGGCCUUCAGGGGCAUGGCUGUCCUCACAGGUGUGGCAGAGGCCUGUGCCCGGGUCACAGUGCGUGUGGGCCGGCUGAGGGGACUGCCUGAGCCUCCACAGAGCUCUGAGCACCCCCUGGUCUCCGUCUCGUACUGGGUCUCCUACAGGUUCCUCCCCCUCCGUCCUCCAGACCAGCUGCAGAACUUGAAGAGAGUGGACGGAUGUGAAUCAGAGGAGACAGAGGAGAACAAAGAGGAGACCGAGGAGGAGCCAGGUCUCUGUGAAGUCUGCUCUGAAGUCCACGGCUCCGUCCACCGCUCGUCCACACUGUCCUGGUCCGAGAGCAUGGACUUCAGCCAGAGCCUCCACCACCGCGUGUCUGACCUGAAGGCCCUGAAGAGCGCGCUGACCCGGGGCCUGUGCGUGCGAGUGGAGGAGGAGAAGGUACUGUCCUGGCCUGCAGCCCCUGAAGACACAGCAGCUUCUAAAACAGCCACAAAAGAACCCAAAGGACCAAAGGGAAAAGAUAGCCCAAACAAGCCCGUGUCCACCAGAGACAAGAAGCGGCGGCCCCCCUUGGAGCUGGUGCAGGACCCCCCAGUGCGCAGAGGCUUGGGCUCCGUGCACGUCCCCCUCCACACACUGCUGCAGAGCGGACACAAGGUGGCGCUGUGCUGUGACUUUGGCCCUCAGAGACCAGAGGCAGACAACACUGUGGACAAGGCAGCUGUCGACGACAAGGAGCAAGUCCCAAAGACAGGAGCGUCUGUGAAGAAGCCGGCCACAGCCUCCAAAGGAAAAAAACAGCCAGUGAAGGGAGCGGACGAGGCCAGUGUGUGCGGCCCCCAGGAGCCCCUCACCGUGGAGCUGUGUGUUCAGCUGGAGCAGUGGAGGUCUGCAGCCGAGGCCUCACUGGAGCUGGGCCUCUGA